UCCUCAAUCCUCAGCCUCUUUCCUUACUCCAUAGUGUUAUCUCGAAAAUGAAAACAUUGACGCCAAGAAUGCACGUCCUAAAAUUGACGUGCACAAUUGUUAUGAUUGCUGGAUGCUUGCGGCCGCAAUCGUGGACUAGUCUGCCAAAACGUGUAGCUUACAACAUCUAUCGAUUAUAUGUAAUCAGCAUGUUAUAUACUUUCUCAAUGACUCAGUUUCUGGAUAUGGUUCUGGUCAUCGACAAUGCCGAAGACUUUACCGAUAAUUUGAAUAUGAUGAUAACCGUAACUGCUGCAUGCUACAAAAUGUUUCUCAUGUGGAUAAGCUACGAGGACGUUGCAGCGUUAAUUAACAAACUUAAUGAGGAACCAUUUAAGCCGCUAGAUCGAAGUGAGAUGGAAAUCCGACAGAAAUUUGAUCACAUAAUACGGUAAAUAUUUCGACGUAAGUGUUUGAGUAACUUUCAUAAAUUUCCCUUGGACAUUAAAAUAUUAAAGAUUUUGAAAUUAGCAACUUAAACAUUUCACAAAACACACUUUUUUUCCAAAUGAAUUUAUACAGGAUAUUCUAUUUUAACCAGGUCAGCUGAAUAUUUCAAAAACUAAAUUCGGCAGACAAAAAUGUUUUAGACAAAAUUUAUAAGGUUUUGAA